AUGGGACUCCGGAAAGACGUUGAAAGCUACACUCCAGCUGUUUUCCGUCGUAUGCAGACAACUGUCAAGGCCGAGGUUCCAGAGGACAUUUAUGAUAGUCUUGGGAAAAUGCAAAUAGAUCCUCAAUCCGAUGUGGACUCUGUCAUCUUCUCGCAUUUACACUACGAUCAUGUUGGAGAUCCAUCCAGGAUGGGAUCCCAGACAUCCUUUGUUCUUGGGCCUGGAGCAAGUGAUCUUAUCAAAGGCCCGGGGGCAUAUCCCGAGAACCCGAAUUCUCAUUACGAUUCUAACCUGAUCACCAAGGGUCGCAUAUUGAACCUACCAUCGGCCGAUAGUAGUUCAUGGGUCGCCUUUGGACCGUUUCCCAAAACAUAUGAUUACUUUCAUGACGGCUCUCUGCUCAUCGUUCUUGCUCCUGGCCACUGCCCAGGGCAUAUCAAUGCACUUCUCAGGAUUGAGUUUGAUCGCUGGGUCUAUUUAGCGGGUGACACAGCCCAUGAUCGGAGAUUACUUGAUGGCACGAAACAAAUAGCUGACUACUGGGACGAUGACACUGGAGGUUUCAAGUGCGCUCACAUUGACAAAAACGAAGCGAUCAUACAUAUACAACGCGUCCGGGAGCUAAAGAAUUAUAUUAAUGUGGAAGUUAUAUUGUCUCACGAUGGAGAUUGGCUAAACUCCAAUGAGCACCGUUUUUAG